GAUGCAUUCGGCCGCGUGCGAGGCGCAACGAAAACGGCACUUUACGAAAAAUAAAAAAAUAAACAAGAGCUCGCGCGCUCGAUCUGCUGGACUUAUUUAUCAUUUUCUUUUCUUUUUUUAAAGCCACAACCAAACAGUUUAUUAUUAUUAUCAUUAUUAUUAUUAUUACUGCUACUAAUAAUAAUAAUAAUAAACUCUGUAUAUGUAGCCUUAACCGAACAAACCGAGCGCGUUCUUAUCGUCCCGUGAAGCGCCGGAGCGCCGCACUGUUAUGAGGCGAGGAUGAGCCACUCUCAGGACAGCGGAAGCAAGUGCUCGGCCGCCCCCAUCUCCAGCUUCACCAUCCAGUCCAUCCUGGGCACGGCGAGCGAGGGGAAGGAGCAGAGCCCCGCGGGAGCGGCCAGGAAGCGCGCGCUGUCCGUGUCCUCCGAGGACGAGUGCAGCGGGGCUGAGGACUCGGGGGACUGCUGCUGCUCCGAGCCCGGGCUGCCCGAGCCCUGCAGCCGCCACCAGCCGCUCAACUUCUCCUGCCUGGGUCCCCCCAAAUCCCUCCUCCAGUCCCAGGACGGCCUGGAGCGUCCCGCGCGCCUGCCCCCGUCCCUGCUGUCUGCGGACUACAAGGAAGAGCACGAGGAGGAGGAGGAGCGCGAGGGCGCGUCGUGCGAGGAGCGGCGGCGCGAGGGCCUCGGCGCGGACAAGGCGGGCGCCGCGGCCAAGAAGAAGACGCGCACGGUGUUCUCGCGCAGCCAGGUCUACCAGCUCGAGUCCACGUUCGACGUGAAGCGCUACCUGAGCAGCUCGGAGCGCGCGUGCCUCGCCUCGAGCCUGCAGCUGACCGAGACGCAGGUCAAGACGUGGUUCCAGAACCGCAGGAACAAGUGGAAGCGGCAGCUCUCGGCCGAACUGGAGGCGGCCAACAUGGCGCACGCCUCGGCGCAGACUCUGGUGGGCAUGCCGCUCGUGCUCCGCGAAAACGGGCUGCUGCGCGUGCCCGUGCCGCGCUCCAUCGCCUUCCCCACGCCCUUAUAUUACCCCGGAAGCAACCUGCCCGCCCUGCCCUUAUACAACCUUUAUAACAAGAUUGACUACUGACUCCCAGACGACCACUAUGAACACGACGCACCACCACCACCACCACCACCACCACCACUGACAUGAUUAUUAUUAUGAUUAUAAUAAGGAAAAAGUCCCAUAACCAACGAACUGACUCGAGUCAAAGCCGCUUUGCGACGAAAAACGCGCACAAAGUUGCGCGUUUUCCGCCACGAGGCAUAAAAACCGAACCGGACGGAUGACGUCAGCGCCACUCCAGCCGAAGCGUUCCUGUAUUUCAUUUAUGUGCAGAUGCAACCCGGUGAAAAUCACUGGAAGGGGAAUUCCACCCGUAUUUCAACGUUUCCCACUGUAAACAAAGCCGUCCGGGUUUGAUGUGAAAUGACUGUGUACCGUGUUUAUUACAGCGGCGGCGAACGGAACCAGACGUCUUUAUUUACCCCCCCAGUUCGACCCACACCACAGGGCCUUUGUCCUAUGGUGAAACAGCGGCCAGUCUGAGAAAGCAGGCGCUAUUUUGUUUGCACGUGUUCCUCCGCCACGGACAAAACAAGUUUAAGGCCAGCACAAUUAUCGCAAACCGCCGUCUCAAGCGUUCAUCACCAAAUCAUUGAUUUGAUUAUUAAUUAAUUGGUUUCGUCUUUGCAGAAACAAGACUCACGUAUAACUACAACAAGGUUGCCAGGUGCCAUCCAUCCAAUAACUCAGAAUGUUGGCAUUCUAAAUUUGCCCACCCAAAAGGGUCCCUAAUAAUUCCGCCAAUUAUUUAUAAAUAAUUAAUAACAUUAAAAUAAUAAAAUAAUGAUCUAAAUUAACUGAAGCUGGUAGAAAUGACCUCGUAGAUAUUCCCAGAUAUUCCAUACAUCACCUUUCAACAAUUUUUACCCACAAUUCAACAGUUGGGCUGGGUCUAGCUGAAGCCUGUUAGAACCACUCAACUCCUCAGACGUCUGGUUCCCAUCCUCACCACUGUGAACAGUUCUGACAAGCUCAAAAAAAAAAAACGUGGUUCCUCGCGGGUUCUUUAGUUCUAUGUAAGACCAUGAGUUCUAUGUGGAACCAUUCCGGGCUUCAAUGGACGCAGUGAACCGGCGAGAUGGUUCUCCAGACUGAUGGACAAUGUCUUGCAAUGAGAACCUUUUUGAAAAUCCAUAGAGCACCAAACACGCUUCUGCGCUCAAAAGAGAAGGUUCGUUAAGGGUUCCUUAGUAAUGGCAAUUGGUCUGUUCAGAACCACGAGGUCUAUGUCCAACCUCUUCAUGCUGAAAGAAGGAAACGGUUCUUCAGAUCGUGUUGUACGUUGCUCUCUAUAGAACCUUGUUGACAUCUAAAAGGCUUCUGCCCUCUUAAAAAAGAGGGUUCUUCAUGGGUUCUUCAGCAAUAGCAAUAGUUCUCUUUAGAACCACGGGCUCUGUGUCGAACCUCUUCAUGCUGAAAUGGCGAUUAUUAAAACUGAAAAUGAUUGGAUUUAUUACGAUUAUUGGAAUUAUUGCGAUGGCAAGGACUCUUUCUGGUGCUACAUGGUACCACGUGCAACCGCUGAUAUCACUAAAGAACCCUUGAAGAACCACCUUUUUGGAGUGCGUAGAACGUUUGGCCUCGAACCGCCCUGAAUGCCUCUGUUUACACUUUAAUAAACGAAUUAUUCGACUUAUUCGAGAAA